CCCGAUCAAACACCAAGUCGCUGCUUUUGUGCAUGCUCAUCCACUGCGACCACGGGUCUCAUUCUUCAAAUCGGCUUCUUGGGUAGCCCGCGAUCGAAGGUCGACGGCCACACCAUAAAGACGGCCCGAACCCCAAAUCCUUUCCUUAUUGGCCGAAGCCGAAACCAGCUAACCCAGUUUCUGCACGCUCCUUCUCGCUUUCUGUGGCGGGCAGCACUCGGUGACGGAGACCCUUUUUCAGAGCAAGUGGAUACACAAGAAAGGAUUCUGACAAGAUUUCUCGGACAGGGUUGUAUUAAAAACGUUAUGAAAGGCAGAUGCUUCCUUGCAAUAAUAUGGACUAUUUUACUCAUAGGAUGUUCAUUAGUUAAAGCAGAAGAAUCUCAUAAACUGGUGAAACGCCAGUUCCCAGCCAGACCAGGGGGAGGAGGAUUCCCGUUGUCCAGGAGACGACAAUUCCCGCCUCCCGAAGAACUGGAAGAAUCUGAAUAUGAGGAUAGCGAUGAGGACGUCAAAAAUGCCGCUCCAGCUUUCAGGGGCCGACAACCACCAAUAUCACCCGAAGAAGAUUAUCCAGACGACCAGUCAUACACAGAAGCACCCAAAGUGACCACACCAUCUCCUCCAAAACCAACUUCUCGGAUAGCAGUUUUCAACAACAGGUUCAAUUCAAGACCAAGGUUUGGAGCUCAGACCACGGCCAAAACCACUCCAUCAACGAAAGCUCCUGCUCCUUCUUCAAGUGGCCGUGCCACUCCGGCACAGAGUCAACGUUUGGACGUGGUAGCCAACAUCUUGAAUAAACCACCUCCACCAAGACCGAUUGCUAGAGCUGUCCCGCCUGCAAGGGAUGCGAGUGCAAAUGUAGUGAAAACACCCGCACCAGAGGUCUCCACCCGAAGAAGUUCCAACAGCCAACGCCCACGAGGACGAGCCAGACUAAGGACGAGAACUAGUUCCACAAGUACUACUACUACCACCACAACAACCCCGGCACCCCCACCUCCUGAGGAAUAUUAUUAUUACUAUGAAGAUGAAGACGAGAGCCAAAAGAACCAACCCAUCGCCACUACCACAAGCACCACUACAACCACAACUACACCAAGACCACGCCCUUCCAUCAGCAGACCCCGUCCAGUGAGCUCCAGAACACGAACCUCAUCAGCUCGACCUCCCGUCAAGUUCGAUCCAGAAUCUCAGUUUGUCCCUCCUCCAGAAGAACCUGAAGAGAUUAAGGUAGAAACGACGCGAGCACCCAAGCGAUUCACUACAAGCUCGACAACAAAGCCAGACGAAACUAUUGGUGGCAUUCCAGCUCAUUUGAGGCAUAAAUACAGACCAAGAGCUGAUGGAAGAUUUAUCGAUUUUCUGAGGGAUCCGAAUCGACCCAGAGAGCUGAAAGGAUUCGAUUUGACUGACUAUCCCUUUUAUAUAGUUGUGCCUGAUGAUAUUGACUUUGACUGUGAUGAUAAGAAGGAUGGAUACUAUGCUAGUGUACCACAUAAGUGCCAACUAUUCCACUACUGCUUCGCUGGAGCUCGAUACGACUUCUUGUGCGCCAACUACACCCUCUAUGAUCAAACAACUUUCACCUGCAGAUUCGCCAAUAACGUGGAUUGCGAGAGCUCCGCCAAGUACUACUACAGGAACGAUGACCUGUGGAAGGAGACGACCACCACAGAGGCUCCCACCAAACCGCCCAAGAGGAAGAGCAGGCCCAGACCUCGUGACGAGGAUUAUGAGGAUGAUGAAUAUGAUUACGAAGACGAAGAGGAAGAAGAAAGGAGGAGGAGACCCUUAAAGAGGAGGCGCAAUAGGAGGAAGAACAGGAGGAGGCCUUCUGAGGAGGAGGAAGACGAGGAGAAGAAGAAGAAGAAAUAAAUGGAACUCUCGUUGAAAUAGCAUUUCCUUCAAUAGCGUGUUAUUUAAGAAGAUUCGGAAAGUAAUUUUGCAGCAUUUCAUCGAAACCCUGUUCUAACCAGAAUUUUCUUUGGAAUGCAGCGAAUGAGGGACUCUUGUUUUUUUUUAAAAAAAAGGACAGGAUAUUGUUGUGUUUGUGCUUCGUGGUAUGACACUUGUUGCCAAAUGAAACGGCCUUGCUCUGAAGAAGCGAUGUCGAUACUUAUGUUAGCUUGUAAAUAAAUUUCACUAUAUUUCUUUCUUUUCUAUUCUAAAGUGGAGAAACUUCUCACUUAAAAGAAUGCAAGUAAAAGUGAGGUCAUUUAUAAUUUUAAAACAUUGGAUAUUCUUCUUUAGUUUUGUUAGUUUUUAAAAAAAUUUUAUAUAUUAUAUCAGAAAAUAAAAUCUCCCGCUUUAUUUUCACUGUAGUGGUAUGCAUAAAUUUAUUAGUUUAAAAAAAUUUAGCAUAAUUAUAAUUUUUUAAUUGGCAAGAUUUCUAAAUAACAGAUGUUUUUCAAACUAAGCUAUUGCUCUUUUAUUAUUAAAAUAUAUCAAUUUUUCUUUCAAUAAAGCGCCACCACCUUAAGAAUUUUCAUCAGUCUGCAGAAGACGAAUGAAUAAUCAUAUAUUAUGAUACGAAGAAUUUUCUCCUAACGCCAAAAAUCAGUAAAAUACUAUUUGAAAAUAUCAACAAGUAACGCAAAAUUGUUGUACACUGAAAUCUAUAAAAUGAUAAUUUACUAUUAUAUGUAUAUUUUGAUCUUACUGAAUCAACGACUGUAUAAGAAAUUAUACAGUAUAAACCAAUAUAAGGCCUUUUUAUAGUUAAAAUAACCGAACGUAAAAUAAAUCUAAAUACAAGAAAAUUUAAAUUGCAUGUAGAAACAACUUUUAUUUUUGUUUAGAUAAUUUAUAAUAAGUAUUGUAAAACAUCACAUUUAUAAUUUACUUUGUUGCCAAAAUACAGAAAAAUUUUCGAAUGAGAUUUAGGAAUAAAUUAAGGCUAGAUGAAUUCAAAAUAAUUAGUAAAUUAAAAUGUAAAAAAUCAUCUAAAAAUUCAAAAUGAAAAUGAUAAAAAUAAGAGUUAAAUCUCGAUGCAUUUUUAUAAUUCUAAUACGAAAUAAUUUCUUUGAAACUUGAUGGGUUUUGGAUACAAUUAUUAAACAUAUUUUCUUAAUAAUGUGUUUGUUUGAUUCAGAUAUUAAAGACUGAAUUGUUCCUAUUUUGAUUCUCAUUCAAUCAUGUUGGAUUUAUGUAAGUAAUAAAAAAUCGCACUGCUUUCAAUGAAAGCAUUUCUUGCAUCAAAUUACUAAUAAAAUUUUGUUCAAUUCGA